AGAGUUUGUGAGGUAACUUGGACAUUAAUGCUAUGGUCUCUCUCUAAUUAAAUGGAUAGAAAAGAAAGAUUAAUAGCAAAUUUCGAACGGUGUAUGGAUGCAAAUAAGAGCCAACUAAAGGUGAGUGAAUCUAAUAAAGAAUGGAAAAGGAACAGCACAACAUUGUCGUCUUCAAUGUUUCGAAAAGAGAGCUGUUUACUACGAAUAAUGGAUACAAGUCCAUGCAGAAGAAACUAAGGGCUCAAUGGAAAAUCCAAAGUAUGAAGGAAGAGCUGUCUUUGGAGAAGCUGAAGGGCGUCAAGUUGUGGAUAACUGCAGGCCCGAGGGAGAAGUUCACAGCAUCAGAGCUGGAGGUACUGAAGCACUACCUGGAUGGAGGAGGAAAUGUCCUGGUCAUGCUCGGUGAAGGAGGAGAAAUGAAAUAUGACACCAAUAUCAACUUUCUCCUGGAGGAGUUUGGAAUAAUGGUCAACAAUGAUGCUGUUGUGAGGAAUGUGUAUUACAAAUACUUCCAUCCUAAGGAGGCGCUUGUGUCCAAUGGUGUAUUGAACAGAGAGAUAAGUCGGGCUGCUGGCAAAGUGGUCACGGGCAACAUUGAAGAUGAAAAUGUUGGAAACAAUGCACAGGCUCUCACGUUUGUGUACCCAUAUGGUGCCACACUGAGUGUGAUGAAGCCUGCUGUGGCUGUUCUUUCGACUGGCUCCGUCUGCUUCCCCCUCAACAGGCCUGUCCUGGCCUUCCAUAGAGGAAAGGAGGCUGGCAAACUGGCAGUGUUGGGUUCCUGCCACAUGUUCAGUGACCAAUACAUAGACAAAGAGGAGAACAGUAAAAUCAUGGAUGUUGUGCUCCAGUGGCUCAUGGCCGAUAAUAUUCAGCUCAAUCAGAUUGAUGCGGAAGACCCAGAGAUCACAGAUUACACCAUGCUGCCAGACACAGGGUGCUUGUCAGAGCAGCUCCGAGUGUGCUUACAAGAGGGUGAUGAAAACCCCAGGGACUUCACCUCACUCUUUGACAUGUCUUUGUUCACUUUGUCAACCGACACUUUGCCGCAAGUCAUCAGUGCUUACAUGCAGCUUAAUGUCAAAAUCGAGCCACUUCAGCUGAUCACACCACAGUUUGAGACGCCUCUGCCUCAGCUCCAGCCUGCUGUCUUUCCACCUGCCUUAAGUGAUUUGCCUCCUCCCAUGCUGGACCUGUUCGAUCUAGAUGAAACAUUCUCUUCGGAGAAAGUGCGCCUAGCACAGCUCACCAAUAAAUGUACUGACGACGAUCUUGAAUUCUAUGUGCGGAAGUGUGGCGAAAUUCUCGGUGUCACUCCAAAGUUGCAUAAAGAUCAGAGGGAUGCCAAGCACAUCUUAGAACACAUUUUCUUCCAGGUUGUAGAGUUCAAGAAACUCAAUCAGGAGCAUGAUACGGACACAGAGGCACAAUUCACGUUGUUGUGAUUGGAUUCAAGAAAACUUGUUAGACUCUUCCUUUUCAACAUACUGAAACAGGACCACACAGAUGGGAGUAGAUUCUUUAGUAAAGGGACCAUUACAGUAGUUGUGGAUUAUGCAGUAACAGGUUUUUUUUUUUUUAUUUAAAUAUACCCUUCUAUUGUAUUUCUAUUUGGGGAAAAAUGUACAAUACACUUCAAUAAAGUUAUUUAUGCUUUUA